AUGGCUCCCCAACUCCUUGAAGGCCGUCCUGGCAACUUGACCCCCGAGCAGGAAGAGAAACUCCGCAAACUCUGGUCAGCUGUCUUUCAGCUCACCGGUGUGACUGAGGGUAGUGGUGCGGCUCCACUUGAAGCCGCCGCUGCUGAAGAGGCGGCCCCUGCUUCGGAACCUGAAAAGAAGAAGCGGUUUGGCCUGUUCCGUAAGGGCAAGGAGUCCAAGUCGGGCUCGUCUUCCCCUGCCCCAGAGCCAGCCAUUAAGGACGGCGGUGACGACGACAAGUAUGGCCAGACGAAGCAGUUCUAUGAUACACUUGCGAACCACAGUCCAGAGACGAUUCGAAGCACCAUCUGGGCCAUGGUAAAGCAUGACCACCCUGACGCUCUUCUCCUGAGAUUUCUGAGGGCCCGCAAGUGGGAUGUUGAUAAGGCCCUAGUCAUGUUGGUGUCUACCAUGAACUGGCGACACAGCGAGAUGCGCGUGGAUGAUGAUAUCAUGAAGAAUGGCGAGGCUGGAAACAAAUUGAACGAGGAGAGUGGCGAGGGCGAGGACAAGAAGCUCGGUGCGGAUUUUCUCGCCCAGAUUCGCAUGGGCAAGAGCUUCCUUCAUGGAAUCGAUAAGAACGGGCGCCCCAUCUGCGUGGUCAGGGUUCGCCUACACAGGCAAGGUGAACAAUGCGAGGAGAGUUUGGAGAAGUACACUGUCUACAUCAUUGAGACUGCUCGCAUGGUUCUGUCACCCCCCGUUGAUACCGCGACUAUCAUUUUCGAUAUGACUGGAUUCUCCAUGGCCAACAUGGACUAUACCCCUGUCAAGUUCAUGAUCAAGUGCUUCGAGGCAAACUACCCAGAGUCUUUGGGGGCCGUGCUUGUCCACAACUCGCCAUGGGUAUUCCAGGGUAUCUGGAAGAUCAUCCGUGGCUGGUUAGAUCCCGUUGUUGCGGGCAAAGUCCACUUCACUAACAAUAAGAAUGAUCUUGAGAAGUUUAUUGAACCCAGCCGGAUCCUGAAAGAACUUGAAGGAGACGAGGACUGGGAAUACAAGUACGAGGAGCCAAUUCCUGGAGAAAACGACAAGAUGAAGGACACGGCUACUAGGGACAAGCUUCUGGCCAGCAGAGAGGACGUUGUCAAGAAGUUCGAGGCGACAACGCUCGAGUGGAUUAAGAAGCACGACGGCACUGACGGCAGUUCUCUUAAGUCUAAGAGGGAGCAGUUGGCAACACAGCUCAGGGAGGGCUAUUGGGUUCUGGACCCCUACGUGCGCGCGCGCUCCUUAUAUGAUAGAACGGGCGUGAUUAAGCCUGGAGGCAGUGUUGACUUCUACUCACCAAAGGCCCAGGCAAAGGAGACGUCGGCAGAUGAUGUAGAUUAG